UGUUUCUCAAGUCAAACCAAAAACAACUCACAGAAAAGCUAGAAGUAUGUCGAACAAGAAGAUGAGUAGAGAAGACAGCAGCAAAGAAGCUUCGAAUGUUGUUGUUGUUGGUAACGAAUCUCCUCCACUAGAGUUCGUCUCUUUUCUUGGGAAAGGUGGCUUCGGUUCCGUAGCUCUCAUGAGAGAUUCAAAACACCGAUUAUACGCCGAGAAAUCAUCUCGCAUGGAUUUCAUGAAGAGUCUCGAGAAAGAACACAGGAUCAUGCUCCGUUUCCGCAACCAUCCACGCAUCGUCCAGACCACGAGCCCUAAUCUCCACAUAGGCUUCAACUUCGACCGUUGCUACAUCAACAUGGAGUUCGCUUCCAAAGGCACUCUCCACAACUUCAUCUCCCAGCUCCGCGGUAGACCUAUGCCGGAGAUGAUGGUCGCACGUGCCGCUCUCAUGAUCUUGCAAGGACUCGAAGCGCUUCACUCACGAGGAUACGUUCACUGUGAUCUCAAGCCGGCCAACGUCCUCCUCUUUCCUUCCGUGACUUUCGGACAGCCGUGGGAUCUCAAGCUUGCCGACUUCGGUUUAUCCAAGGAACCGGGUGAGGAUUCUAGGUCGUCUUUGUCUGGUGGUACGCCUCAGUACAUGCCCCCUGAGUCUUUGGGACCCAACGGAGCGAAGAUGGUGGGACCUGGAGUUGAUAUGUGGUCUCUAGGGUGUGUUGUGGUUGAGAUGUUUGGUGGCUAUCCAGAGAAGAGGCGAGGUUGCUACGCGUGGAGGCUUCCCGGACUUGUGUCUCCUGUGGCCGACGAUUUCUUGACAAGGUGUAUGGAGCUGCAGCCCUCACGCAGAGCCACCGCAGCGGAUCUGUUGAAACAUCCUUUUGUUGUUGGGAUGAUAAGAGGACCCAUGAUGAUGAUGAUGGCUCCACCACGGCCACAACAGAUGCUUCCGUAUUGUCCUCCUCCGGUUAGAAGACAGAUAGGACCAAUGAUGAUGAAGAUGAUGAUGGCUCCACCAAGACAUGGAGAUUUGAUCUGCUGA